AUGGUCGAGUCGAUUUCUUCAGUUCAUUUCGGCUCGCUGACAUCCCUUGUAACUCUUUCGCUUAUACAGGCCAACGAACUGGACCAGAAAAUCCAGGAAGUUUACAAACAUAUCCAGACUGAGCGCAAGAUCCUAGAGGCUUCGCAGCUUCUCCGACAGGCUACCUCUAACCAGGAUGUCCUUCGCCGUAACGACGCGAAGAUCAGGGAAACCGAGCGUUCACUAUCAUACUUUGAGUCAACGCUAAGCGAGCUUCAAGCGCGCAAAGCGCAGCAGUCGCAGGGGGGAUACCCUGGCUCAGUACCUCCACAGGUUCCUCCCAAAUCUGAUGCUUGGGGGGGACGCGGGCCUGUGCAAGGGCAAGUUCCCAUGUCGGGGGCGGCUGGCACAGGUGAUGCGCCAAAGCCGCGGAUGUACUCCAACCUCGACCUCAUCAAGGCCGAAACGCCGCACACACCGCAGAAGAUAUCGCGCAUGCUCCACCAACUUGAGUUCAAACUUCGCCUCGAAAUGCAGUACAAAGGAGGCAUUGAAAAGAUGUCCAAACUGUAUCAACAAGAUGGAGAUAAAAAGUCGCGCGCCGAUGCCGAUGCGAAGAAGAUUGAGAGUGACAAGAAGAUUCAACUCCUACAAACGGCACUCAAACGGUACAAGAACUUGCACAUUCUUGAUGACGUAGAGGAGGAGGAAACAGUUGCACCUAGCGGGCCCGGUAGUGAGGGUGACCGGAAGGAUAAUCUCCGAGCAAAACCCUUGUCGGGCAUCCUGCAGGUCACCAUUCAAGGUGCCAGAGAACUCGAUCAUGCGCCAAUAGUCUCAAGAUCGCGGUCUGCCUCUAAGCAGGACCGAUGGAAUGAGGACUUCGAGAUCGCGGUGGACAAGGCGAAUGAGGUCGAAAUCAUGCUGAGUGACAAACAACUCUCGGAAACUCAGAGUGUUCCGAUCGGUCUCCUGUGGAUUCGGAUUAGCGAUCUCGUUGAAGCUUUGCGGAGGCAGAAAGUGGGAAUGGACAGUGGGCCGGGUUGGGUCACCGCUGGCGCUAUGCCGGGCCAACCGAUGCCCAACGGCGGGGACAUGAAUUCACCUCUCGGAGGCGGUCCUACCAUGAUGGGCAUGAACCAGACAGCAGACGGCAUCGAUGCGUGGUUUUCGGUGGAGCCUGCUGGUGCCAUCUUGUUGCUCAAGGAAAAUGUUCGCAAGCGGCCGUUGGACGCUCCCAUCGGUGGUCUCGGCCGUCAAGGCGCAGUUCGAAAGCGAAAAGACGAAAUUCACGAAAUGAACGGGCACAAAUUCGUCCAGCGCCAAUUCUACCAGCUCAUUCGCUGCGCGUUUUGUUCCGAGUUUUUGGUCAACGCUGUGGGAUACACGUGCGAGGAUUGUCGGUACACUUGUCACAAGAAGUGCUACGAGAAGGUGGUUACUAAGUGUAUAUCCAAGUCGAACACUGGCGAAGGCGAUGAGGAGAAGAUCAAUCACCGGAUUCCCCACCGCUUUGAGCCUCUGACCAACAUCGGAGCGAACUGGUGCUGCCACUGUGGCUAUAUGCUGUCUUUGGGCAGAAAGAAUGCCCGCAAGUGCUCCGAAUGCAACAUUACUGCGCAUGCCAACUGUGUCCAUUUGGUUCCUGAUUUCUGUGGCAUGUCGAUGGAAACUGCGAAUAUCCUUCUUCGCGACUGGCGCGACAUCAAUAAGAGUCGUAGCCAAGCUCCGCGAAAGCAGCUCGCCACUCCGAUCACCGAAUCUCCGACAGCGGCCAUGGGCAACAUGAGGAUCAGCGGCCCGGAUUCCGUUCCGCCGCCCGACUACAACAGGGCACCACCUCCUGCUCCGAAUCAGUACGGCCAAGAUCCUCGCCAAGAUCCGCGGUAUCAUGGCCAACCCGGCCAACCACCGUACGCGCCUCCAGGUGCUAAUCGACCACCUUCAGGCGGAAGGCCACCAGCUGGUUCUGGAUAUGAACAACCCAGUACAUUGCCCCCCGGCGCCUACGAGCCGGGUGUGGAGAUUGGGCCCGAUGGUUAUCCUGCUGCAUACCCAGGGCCUGCGAGAGGUCCCCAGCCGGGGCCUGGCCCACCACGCAAGCAGUCUGGUCUCCCCACAUCGCCUACUCAACCAGCUCAGCCUACUCAGCGUCAGAGUCUUGGGCCCACAUCGACGGCGCAGCCCCCUCGCCAGCAAUCCGGACAGCAGAUGGUGCAACAACCCGCACGCCAGCCGUCGCGGAAACGGAAAGUGGGCCUGGACGACUUCAAUUUCCUGGCGGUGCUCGGGAAGGGUAACUUUGGAAAAGUCAUGUUGGCUGAGGAGAAGAAGACGAAUGGGCUGUAUGCCAUCAAGGUUCUCAAGAAAGAGUUUAUCAUCGACAACGAUGAAGUCGAGAGCACUCGUUCUGAAAAACGGGUCUUUUUGGCUGCUGCGAGAGAGCGUCAUCCUUUCCUCCUUGGACUGCACUCUUGUUUCCAGACUGAAACGCGGGUGUACUUUGUGAUGGAAUAUGUCAGCGGCGGUGAUCUCAUGUUGCACAUUCAGCGCAAGCAGUUCUCUCUGCGGCAAGCCAAGUUCUACGCCUGUGAAGUCCUGCUUGCCUUGGAGUAUUUCCACAAAAACGGCAUCAUCUACCGCGAUCUCAAGCUCGAUAACAUCUUGCUAACCCUCGAUGGCCAUGUCAAAGUGGCUGAUUACGGGUUGUGCAAGGAGGAGAUGUGGUACGGAAAGACGACGAGCACGUUCUGCGGCACGCCAGAGUUCAUGGCCCCCGAGAUUCUGCUCGAGCAGCGAUAUGGCCGCGCUGUCGAUUGGUGGGCGUUUGGUGUGCUGACUUACGAAAUGUUGUUGGGCCAGUCCCCUUUCCGAGGAGAUGACGAAGACGAAAUCUUUGAUGCUAUCUUGGAAGACGAGCCCCUGUAUCCCAUUACCAUGCCACGAGAUGCGGUGUCCAUCUUGCAGAAGCUACUGAACCGAGAUCCUCUUCGCCGACUCGGUGCCGGGGAAGAAGAUGCCGAAGAGAUCAAGAGACAGCCGUUCUUCAAAGACGUCAGCUGGGACGACAUAAUGAACAAGCGCAUUCCCCCGCCGUAUUUCCCGACCAUUAAUGGCAGCGCUGAUACGAGCAAUUUCGACGAAGAGUUCACCAAGGAGCAGCCGACGCUGACACCCGUCCAUGGCCAACUGUCAUCUCGGGACCAGCAAGAGUUUGCUGGCUUCUCAUGGGUUGCGACUUGGGCUGACAUCUAGGCCGGCCGGCCCCGCAAUUGAUUCUGUCAUGUUGUACUACUUACAUAGCCGGCUAACGAUGUUCCACCAGACACUCUCUGACCAGUUUCGCAUCGGCCCGGCCC